AUGAGGUUCAUAGCGUUGCUAAGCCUGACUAUCUCAGCGGUUGCAGAGCUUCUCCGCCCCGAGGGUAUAUCCUUAAUCCUGAACGGGACUAACUAUUUCAUGUCACCGUCGCUUAAAGAAACGUUACCAGCCGGCCUCAUUCCAACCGAUAUCCCUAUACAUUCCUUUUCAUUUAUGCCCGUUACUAUCGUUGGCAACAAUACCGCCCAAGAUGAUCUCCCUAGACUCUUCUCAAGCUGGGCGCGAAAGGACGACGUUUGGCAACCCGGCUUCUUGGAAUUGGUGGUAUUGGUGAACUCCACUGGUUGCAAAUCAACAAACACGGCCUUCUAUGCUGGCGUUCAAUCAGUCGUUUCUUGCUGGGAAGAAGCUCCUGAAAUACGUUCAGGGCCCUACUUCUUGGAUACACUACGAGGAAGUCUACAUCGAGUAUAUCGGCUCUAUGAUGACUUCUCCGGUAGCUUUCUGGAAUCUCUUCUUCAGUUUCCUGACGGAACCUUUCAAACUCUAUCGGCACAUGCCCCCGGCAGUAGUUCUCUUACCAUAGGUGUUCCGUCGCGCUUAUACUUCACUCGCACAAAGGACAAGCCUUUAGCAGGCGUUCGAGUAGGAGUCAAAGACCUUUACGACCUCAACGGGGUAAAGAGCUCUCGGGGCAACCGUGCUUGGUACAUCCUCUAUCCAGCGGCGAACAAGACAGCACCAGCUAUCCAGAACCUAAUCGACGCAGGAGCCGUUAUUGUCGGGACACAGAAGCUCUCACAAUUUGCCAACGGAGAGAAUCCAACGGCGGAUUGGGUCUCUUACCUUGCUCCUUUCAACCCACGCGGAGACGGGUACCAGGGUCCAUCAUCGUCCUCGUCGGGUGCGGGGGCAUCUAUAGCGUCUUACCCGUGGCUGGACCUUGCUGUUGGGAGUGACACUGGAGGCUCUAUUCGUGGACCUGCUGGAGUUUCAGGAGUAUUUGGCAACAGACCUACUCACGACCUUGUCAGUCUGGACCACGUGAUGCCUCUUUCACCCAAGAUGGACACGGCGGGCUUCCUUGCUCGCGAUCCAGAGAUCUGGGGAGCAGCGCAAGCCGCCAUGUAUAAAGAAAACUACACCGUUUUUGCAGAAGAGACUAUUAAGUAUCCGCGGACGGUUUAUACUGCGGGCUUUCCAGCCAACGAUACCCCGCAGGGCGCAAUACUGCACCAAUUUGCCAACGAUCUCGCCGAUCUUCUCACCACCAACGUUACCGAGUACAACAUCAGUCAGCACUGGGCUUCAGCAGGACCAAAUUCCGUUCGAGACAUUCCGCUGACGGAAUUUCUGAACUUGACCUAUGCUGCUCUCAUUACCAAGGAACAGGUUGCUUUAGUCAAAGAGCCAUUCUUCAGGGACUAUGCUGAUGCUCAUGAUGGUCGCCUGCCUUACAUAGAUCCAUCACCCAGUGUGCGAUGGGCGUGGGGUGAAAGUCAGCCAGAUUCCAUCCUCGACGACGCUAUCAGAAACAAAACCGUCUUCAUGAACUGGUUUAACAAGAACGUUCUUCCAAAGGCCAGUGAUCCCCAGAUAUGUUCCUCUGGCAUCCUGUUACACGCCGAAAGUACUGGUACGUUCGGCCGACGCGACGUCUAUCGUGACCCUCCUACCGUUCCUUUUGGCUGGACAUUGAGUAGAAUUUCCAUCUUUAGCGAAGCACCGGACAGUGUUUACCCUCUGGGGGAAGUGCCGUAUUUUAGUGAUAUCACUAAGCGCGAGGAGAGCUUGCCCGUCACUGUUGACAUCAUGGUAGCACGAGGGUGCGAUGGUUUUAUAUCAAGGCUGGCUCAAGAUCUUGUUGGACUUGGCAUAUUAAAAAUUCCAAAGACUGGUAGAAGUAUGUUAGGAGGAUCCGUUUUAUUUUAA